AUGAGAGAAGGUUUUGAUGCUGCGGCUAGACCGGGGAUCCCAAAGAUCAUUAUCCAGAUAGAUUGCAACAGUCUAGUGAAUGUACAUCAGCAUCAGGAUGCAAAACAAGUUAUCAUUGAAGGAGAGAAGGGGAGCAAGCACGCGCCAUGGCGGAGAGUUCAGCGGCAACCCCUCAGCCGGUGCGGCCAGCGACGUAGGGAGCGGUGCUUUCGCAGGCAGCCGCCACCGCCUUGGAAGGCACAGGUGUCUCCGCAGCCUGCUCGGGCGGCAUCGGCAGGGGGCGUCGGGGAGCGCUGUGGGUCGGGAGGUUGUUCGAUCCGUGCCGGAGAGACCAGCGAUUCGCGACCUUCGAAGACAGGGCUGCUGCUUGCGAGACGGGCUUUAUUACACACAUGGGGGUUAAUUCUCUCAUUUGUUCAAAGAAGAGCAGCUUUGUUAAGCCAGGGGUGGAGUAAUGUGGGUGGAUUAGCGGCUGUAGCAAGUCAGUCUUAUUCUUCUUUAGUGAAGAUUAUUAUCAAGAAGAUGAUGACUAGCUCCUGCCUUCUUUAUGCAACUUUUCAAUGUGGUCAUCAUUUUAUUUUUCAAGAAAAGGAUCACUAAGCGAUUUGUGAAGCUCUCAGCCUUCCAAAAGACGGAGUUGCAGUUCUGGCAAUGUAUCAGGGAAAUACCAUGGAAGUAGACUUCUACAUGAGCUCUGCCAUAAGGGUUAGCUUCAGACCGGAUGGAAUCAGUUUGCCCUGAUGAAUGAUUGGAUACAUGACUCGAUGUACUGAUGUUGUUCCACAAGACAAAGGCACUGUCACAAUAUCAUUCUAUGUGCUGUAGGUGUGAAGCUGUGUGGUGGGUGGGUGCCCAUUGAUUCUCGGUAUUUUGGGAAGUUGCCAUGUGUGUGUUCGCGCAGUAAAUUGUAUCUGACGACGUUCUACUGAAUUUUUAUGUUAUAUGCUUCGCACGUUGAGCUUGUCGAGCCAUUCUAUCAAACUUGUAGUAUUCUGGGUUUGGUCAUUCCAAUGCGAACUCGCUGGACUAAGUUGGAUGCAAGUUUGUUCAAAAUGGUC